GGGGGCGGGCCCUGCGGGGCGGGAGGCAGGUUCGGGUGCGCGCGGCGAGGCUCGGCCCGCCGCCCGCCCGGGAGGGGGAGGGGAAUCUCCCGCCAUUUUUCAAUCCUCCCGCCCGGGUCCCGCCGCCGCCGCCGCCGGGGUCGUCGCGCGGAUCCGCCGGUUCCGGCCGGGACCCCGCCUCGUCCCGCCAUGGCGCCGCUGCUGGGCCGCAAGCCCUUCCCGCUGGCCAAGCCGCUGCCGCCGGGGGAGCCGGGGGAGCGGUUCGUCAUCCCCCACACGCAGGAGGCCUUCCGCACCCGCGAAGAGUAUGAAGCGCGUUUAGAAAGGUACAGCGAACGCAUAUGGACGUGCAAAAGCACAGGAAGCAGCCAGCUGACGCACAAAGAGGCUUGGGAGGAGGAGCAGGAAGUUGCUGAGCUCUUGAAGGAGGAGUUCCCCAUCUGGUAUGAGAAACUGGUACUGGAAAUAGUCCACCACAACACUGUGUCUUUGGAGAAGCUGGUGGAUGCAGCUUGGCUGGAGAUCAUGACCAAAUUUGCAGUGGGAGAAGAGUGUGACUUUGAGGUUGGUAAGGAGAAAAUGUUGCCUGUGAAAGUUGUGAAAAUACAUCCCCUGGAGAAAGUUGAUGAAGAGGCCUCAGAAAAGAAAUCUGAUGGUGCCUGUGAUUCUCCAUCCAGUGACAAGGAGAACUCCAGCCAGGCAGCCCAGGACAACCAGAAGGAAGCUAUCCUGAAGGAGGAUGACAACAGGAGGGAAAGUAUGAAUGAUCGAGCACGUAGGUCUCCUCGGAAGCUUCCUACUUCUUUGAAGAAGGAAGAAAGGAAGUGGGUUCCACCUAAAUUCCUGCCACAUAAAUAUGAUGUCAAGCUGAAAAAUGAAGAUAAGAUCAUCAGCAAUGUACCAGCAGAUAGCUUAGUCCGUACAGAACGUCCUCCCAACAAGGAGAUCCUGAGGUACUUCAUCCGUCAUAACGCGCUACGAGCUGGCACAUGUGAGAAUGCUCCGUGGGUAGUGGAGGAUGAGUUAGUGAAGAAGUACUCUCUCCCCAGUAAAUUUAGUGACUUCUUGCUUGACCCACAUAAGUAUAUGACUCUCAAUCCCUCGACCAAGAGGAAAAGCUCUCGAUCACCUGACAGAAAACCAUCUAAGAAAUCCAAAGCUGAUGGAUCAUCCUUGGGCCAGCCCCUGAGCCCGACUCUGUGGUGCCAUGUGCAUUUGGAAAAAUCUAUUAUUGGCUCUCCACUGAAGAUGAAAAACUCUAAGAACUCAAAGUGUCCUAAAGAGGAGCUGGAAGAGGUGAUGAAAAUUGUGUCACCUGCUAAACUUGGUUCUAACUUUCACAUUCCAAAGAGGAGCCGACUGGGGAAGGGCAGCAACAAAUCCUUGGACAAAAAGCAGAGAGGCAAAAGGGUUCUGAAUGGGCAGAAGUCAUCGGGGAAAUCCAAGUCUCCUAGGAAAGGCCUGAAGACCCCUAAGAUGAAAAUGAAACAAAUGACACUACUGGACAUGGCUAAAGGUACCACUAAGGUAUCCAGGGCUCCCAGGAGUUCUGGAGGUACCCCUAGGUCUACCAGCAAACCCCAGAAACAUCUGCCUCCUGCAGCGCUCCAUCUCAUUGCCUAUUACAAAGAAAACAAAGACCGGGAAGACAAAAAGAGUGCUCUUUCCUGCAUCAUCUCCAAAACAGCUAGGUUACUCUCAAAUGAGGAUCGUGCCCGUCUCCCCGAGGAUUUGCGAGGGUUAGUACAGAAACGCUACGAGCUUCUGGAGCACAGGAAGAAAUGGGCCACCAUGACAGAGGAGCAGCGAAAGGAGUACAUGAAGAAGAAAAGGGAGAAGCUGAAAGAGAAACUGAAGGAGAGAGCAAAGGAGAGGAAGGAGAAGGAGAUGAAGGAAAAACUGGAAAAACAGAAAAGAUACGAGGACCAAGAUCUUAAAGGGAAGACCUUACCUACUUUUAAACUGGUUGAUACUCCAGAAGGACUUCCCAAUACACUCUUCGGGGAUGUUGCCAUGGUGGUGGAGUUCCUGAGCUGUUACUCAGGGUUAUUGAUGCCAGAUGCUCAGUAUCCCAUUACGGCAGUUUCCCUGAUGGAAGCACUUUGCGCAGAAAAGGGAGGCUUCCUUUAUUUGAACCGAGUGCUGGUCAUUCUCUUGCAGACCCUGCUGCAGGAUGAAAUUGCCGAAGAUUAUGCUGAAUUGGGAAUGAAGCUUUCUGAAAUACCACUUACUCUGCAUUCUGCUUCUGAGUUGGUUCGUCUAUGCCUACGCAAGUCAGACGUGCAAGAGGAAAGUGAGGUCUCGGAUAAUGUAGACGAAAGCAAGGAUUCGGCAGCUUUUGAGGAUAAUGAAGUGCAGGAUGAGUUUUUGGAGAAACUGGAGACAUCAGAGUUCUUUGAGUUGACUCCUGAAGAGAAAUUGCGGAUACUUGGAGCGCUUUGCCACCGGAUUCUAAUGACAUACUCUGUGCAGGACCACGUGGAGGCCAAGCAGCAGACAUCAGCUGAGCUGUGGAAGGAGCGCCUAGCUAUCUUGAAGGAAGAAAAUGACAAGAAGAGAGCAGAAAAACAGAAGCGAAAAGAAAUGGUGGCCAAGAACAAGGAGAAUGGGAAAGAUGAGAAUAUGAUGGGAAGAAAUGAAAAGAAAAAAGCUGAGAUGAUGAAAAUAGAGCACCGGGUAGAAAUAGAAGCUGAUGAUAUGAUCAGUGCUGUAAAGAGCAGGCGCCUUCUUGCCAUUCAAGCCAAGAAAGAGAGGGAGCAACAAGAAAUACAAAUGAGAGUGAGGAUGGAGAAAGAAGCAGAGGAAGAAAGAAUCCGGAAGCAUAAAGCUGCAGCUGAGAAGACUUUCCAGGAUGGGAUUGCCAAAGCAAAGCUGGUGAUGCGCAGGACCCCAGUUGGCACCGAUCGUAAUCAUAACAGGUAUUGGCUGUUUUCAGAUGAGGUUCCUGGCUUGUUCAUCGAGAAAGGCUGGGUUCAUGACAGUAUAGACUACAGAUUCAUCCUUCCCCAUCAGAAAAAAGAUGAUUUUAAAAAGGACUACAGCCCAGGAGACAAGCGGAAGAGCACAGCCACUGAUGGCAGAGUGAGCAAGCUGCACCGGUCUGUGCAUGGUGCAGACCUGCCCGCAGAGACCACUGCACCCAAGCAGGGACAGAACUUAUGGUUUCUCUGUGACAGUCAGAAGGAUUUGGAUGAGCUGCUGGAUUGCCUGCACCCACAAGGAGUAAGAGAGAGCCAGCUAAAGGAGCGCUUGGAGAAGAGGUAUCAGGACAUUACGCAUUCUAUCCAUUUGGCUCGGAAACAGAACCUGGGCCUCAAAUCCUGUGAUGGCAACCAGGAACUGCUGAACUACCUCCGAAGUGAUCUAAUUGAGGUUGCAACUCGGCUGCAGAAAGGAGGACUGGGAUAUGUUGAUGUGACACCAGAAUAUGAAGCAAGAGUAUACUCACUAGAGAGCUUGAAGGAUUUUGGAGAGUGUGUGAUUGCACUCCAAGCUGGUGUUGUUAAGAAGUUUCUGCAAGGUUUCAUGGCCCCCAAGCAGAAGAGAAGGAAACAUCAAGGAGAAGACUACGUUGCCAAGGCUGAGGAGAUAGAUGAAGACAAGAAAAUGGCAGAAGAAGCUAAGGUUGCUUCAGCCAUGGAGAAGUGGAAGACAGCAAUCCGUGAGGCCCAGACCUUCUCCCGUAUGCACGUGCUGCUCGGGAUGCUGGAUGCCUGUAUCAAGUGGGAUAUGUCGGCAGAGAAUGCCAGAUGCAAAGUGUGUCGCAAGAAAGGUGAGGAUGACAAGCUGAUCCUGUGUGAUGAGUGUAACAAAGCCUUCCACCUGUUCUGUCUGCGACCGGCGCUCUAUGAGAUACCAGAUGGCGAGUGGCAGUGCCCAGCGUGUCAGCCUUCUACUGCCAGGCGCAGCUCGCGAGGCAGGAACUAUGCAGAGGAUUCUGCUGAAGAUGAAGGUCAAGAAGGUGAGGAAGCUUCUGAUGAACCAGAUGCUGAGGAGGAAGAGGAGGAGGAAGAAGAUUAUGAAGUUGCUGGACUGAAAUUGAGACCCAGAAAGGCAGCCCGGGGCAAGCAGAGCACAGCCAUGUACUCCUUGAGGCAAGGAAGGCACCAAAGGAAGAAGCAGUCGCUGCACCCUGCUAGGGGACCCCGGCAGCGGGCUGCACCUGUCAACGGCGCAGACAUUGAUGAGCUGGUCCUUCAAACAAAGAAGAUGGCACGUCGCCAGAACCUCGAGUUGCAGAAGUGUGAGGAAAUCCUCAGCAAGCUGAUCAAGUACCGCUUUAGCUGGCCCUUCAGGGAGCCAGUGACCACGGAGGAAGCUGAAGAUUACUUUGAGGUCAUCAGCAACCCUAUGGACUUCCAGACUAUGCAGAGCAAGUGCUCUUGUGGCAAUUACCGCUCGGUGCAGGAGUUCCUCUCUGACAUCAAGCAGGUGUUCUCCAAUGCUGAGCGCUACAACCAGAACGGGAGUCACGUACUGUCCUGCCUGGAGAAGACGGAACAGUGUUUGAUUGACAUGGUGCACAAACACCUGCCUGGCCACACUUACGCACGCAGGAAACGCAAGAAGCUAUCUGCCAGAUGCCAGGGACUGGAGGAGCAGGAAGGGGACAGUGAGUCAGAGCCCCUUGAACAUUCCCGGGGGCGGAAAAGGAAGAAAUGAGGGAUGGGGAGACUAGGGGGAGAGCCAGAGCUGGAGCAGGCCUUCUGGUGCUGCCGGGCAGCAGGAUGGGUUGUCUGGAGGGAGUCGGGAAGCAGCAGGCACUUCUCUCUUAAUCCAGCCUUCCCUUUGGCCCGUCCUAGUUUUAAUUUUUCUGCAGUUUCCUCAAGUAUUUGGUCAUCCAUUGAGUGAGCAGAGAUGACUUGCUGCUUCCUGCAAAAUCCACAAAGCUGUUAACAAGUCUGUCCUGCUAGGAGGGGAAGGUGGGAGGGCGAGGGGAAGGCCUGGCCGGAGCCUGGCUGGGCAGGGGAGUACGAUGCCUACUCCAGCUCGGGCGCUGUUGGCUUCCUUGGGAUGAGCCGCUUCCUCCCCUCCGUGAGCAGCAAGCGCUGGAGCACGGUGGGACCGCUGCCUGUGAUGUGAAACCAGCCUUGAGCUGGUGCAGGGAGGGAUCAUGUUGCUUCACGGAAGGACUGGGUGCCAUCAGGCCAAUGGGCUGCUAGUUCUUGUAUGUAUAUAUUUAUAUGGUGUUAAUUUUGAGCCCCCAAUGAAGGGCUGCAUAGGGCGAGCAAGCACUUACAUUUAUGGAGAUACGGCUUUCACCAGCAUCCUAACACAAUUGGCUUUGAGGUGCUCUUGCUUUUCCCUCCUUCUCUUCUCGGGGAGCGAUCUCUGGAGGUUGCGCUCUGAUGAGGGUCCUGAGCUCAGCUCUUCACACGUACACGGCAGAGAGGAGGCAGGUGGCUCCCUGCUCACCUUGAGCAGCACAUGACCGUGUAACCCUUUGAAUGAACUGAGUGCCAGAUGCAGACUGGAGAGCGUGGUUUUCUGUAGGGAGCUCCAGGGCAAGGGGAGCAGCAGAAACAUGUUCUGUGUAACUUUUUAAAUUAAUUUUCUAGUUAAAAGUGGCUUGUUUCUAGCUGUGAUCUUGUACAAAGAACACCUGUAAGAUACCUUUGUCUUGCUUUGGCACAUGUACAGUUUAUAUGAAAUCGUGUUUGCUUUAUAUCUUCCCCCUCUUUAAAACUGAUUUUCCUACCAGUAGCUGGAGUUACACCAGGGGACUUUUUGGCAGGGGGUCUCCCAGUCCCUCUCUAACCACGCUCUCACCAUGUUUUAUAGUGAUACCUUCCCUAGCUCCCCUCCCUCACGCUCCCCCAGCACAGCGAGGACUGUCCUGCACCGGCUGGCCAGCCCGAUUGUGCUGGGAGGCUGCUCCGCCACGGCUGCAGCAGCGGGUCCUGCCACCCCAGAUACUGACUUUUCUCUAAGAAAAGGAUGUGUUUGGGUUUGUUUGUGGGUUGUUUGGUUUUUUUAUCACCUCUCCCUCUCCAUCAUGACAGGUUUUGAUCAUACGAUCAGGGCUUGAACUUUCAAUUAUAGAAGUCUUCAAUUUGGAACAAACCCACCACAGGGCUGCUCCAUACUGGUUUUGUAACAGAAAAGCAAAAGCAACUGUUGCAGCUCCUGUGAUUUGAGAAGAAAAGAAUCAUCGAUUAAAAAUUGCGGCCUAGUUUUGUGAACUUUUUUGGUUUUUUUCUUUUUUAACAGGUAUUCGUUUCAGUUCUGGACUGUCGAUGGCUGCAGAGACUAGGCAGGUUUCCAGCCACUUCCCUCUUCCCCUCUCCCCAGCCUCAGCUCCCUGCCCCACAGAAUAGCACUGACGUUUGUAUUUCGCACGUCCCCUUCAGAGGCUUUGUUUUGUCCUGUUCUUAGAGAACGUUUACUGCAGGUCCUACACGGUGAAACCUUUGGAACUGUACUUUUUUAAAAAUAAAUGUCAUUUGGGGGGAGGGUGUUUCUGCUAAGGGCUGUACUUGUAAUAAAUUGGAAACUUAAAAAUAAA